AUGUCACUUCAAAACAUACUAAAUUCUAUUAUCAGCGAAUUUGAUUCUCUAUCUUCGCUUCAAUCACAGUUUUUUUCAUAUGACAGAGAUUUGUCCAAAUUGAUUUCGAAUUGCAGAAUAGAUAUCACACAUAAAAAUAAUUAUCGCGACACUUAUCGGACAGAAUUAAAUGAUUUGGUUUGUAAACUCAAAAAUAUUAACAUUUGCCAUAUUAACAGUGAGUUACUGAGUGACAUAUUCAAAUUUACCAGGUAUAUAUCAUUAGAUCUCGAUGCAAUUAGAAUUUCAAUGAGAUAUCUCCCUCAAUUGACGAGAUUCCACAUCAAAAAUCUAAUUUUAGGGGCAAUUAAAGCUAUGAACUCUGAUGACUUUACAAAUUCUAAAUUGGAAGAUUUAGAAUUUAUGAGCUAUUCCAUCUUGAUAAACUAUGCAAUAGUAUCAAUAUAUCUAUAUGAUGAUAUAUAUAUUAGCAAAUGUUGCAGAUAUUACUUACAUACAAUUGGAAAUAACCUGAUCAACAUCAUAGCCAAUGACAUUUGCAAUAAGUUAACUGAAAAUUGUGCCAUUGAUGAUAAGAUUAACUCAUUACAAAACGAUUUCAUCAUUAUACAAGCAAUAACUCCUCAUUGGUCAAAACAGUCGCUUUUAGCGGAUGUACUUAAGUUACAAUCAGAUGACAUCAUUAAAAUAAUUGAGUAUGCACUAGAAAUGAAUUCGAUUGAUCUACCAAAGAUAUAUAUUGACAAAUACUCCACAAGAUACGAUUAUGAGCUAACAAAUUUGUUUGUAACAAAUGGGCUAAUUGGUUUGGCAAAAAUUGAUAAUUGCAUCCACCUAAUACCUCAAGCAAUAAAUUCGACUAUAUCUAAUGGGGGAUUUGUAGAGACUGAUACGGCAAAGUAUGUAAUAACUUGUAUGAGUAGGUUUAUUCGUAUGGGAAAAAAUUGUCUAUUAUUGUAUGGAAAUCCUGGUAAUGGCACUACAACUUAUAUCAAUCAACUAUCACGAUUGUUACAUAUAGAUGAUGACCCUAUAACAUUAUAUCUAGAUGAUACUGCAGACUAUCAAUCUCUUAUUUGCAAUUGGAAUACUUCAACUAGUGUAGGAUUAUUCCAGUUUGAUUAUGGACUUUUUACUAAGGCUAUUACUGAGGGAAAAUGGGUUGUGGUUGAGAAUGUGGAUAAAUGUUCAGAUGAUGUAAGGAUGCUCCUUAAAGAAGUUAUACAGUCUGGUAAGUUGUAUAUAAAGGAGUUGGAUAAGACUUUGUAUGUUCAUCCUAAUUUUUUUAUUUUUGCCACCUGUAAAAUUGAAGAUAUUAACCAUUUUGACAGCUAUAAUAAUCAAAUGGAACCUUUAAAGUCGCCAGAUAUCUCUUUUACAUCUUUCUGGCCCAAGUUAUAUAUACCUCCAAUAACAACAAGUGAUUUGGACACAAUUAUCACUAUAAAAUACCCUCAAAUAUUGCCUAUUAAAGAUGCGCUGAUUGCUGCAUUUUUUGGCACUAUUGAACUCAUCAGAUCAAUUGAAAUAGAAAAAGUACCUAGACCAUCAGAUUUACUGAAAAUUUGCAAAAGAAUUGCAAAUUUAACCGUACAUAAUGAUUUUAUUGAUAGACCAAUUUAUCGCCUAGAGGGUUACUUAUCAGAAUCCACAAGGGAAAUGAUUUUGUUGGCUGCUGAAGGGGUCCUAUUCUGCUUCAUCGGGGAGAAACACAAAAGGCUUCAAAUUGCCUAUAAAUGGGCCUCUUAUUUCCAAUUAAAUGAGGCACAGACUGAAUACUUUAUCACUAAAUCUAGGUAUAAUCUAUCUGAUGCCUGUAUUAGUAAUAUUUCCGAUAAAAAUUGCAAGUAUAGUCUGACCAAUACCCACUCUAGAGUGUUGAGACAGAUGAUCGAGUGCCUAAUAGCAAAUGAACCAAUUUUGCUCAUUGGUGAUACUGGCGUUGGAAAAACAACUGCAGUACAAACGCUAUCUCAUAUUGCAAAUAAGCCACUUCGGGUUUACGUGUUUAGCGAUCAAUCGGAGGCCUGUGAUCUUGUUGGUUCAUUUUGCCCACAAGGUCUUAAAUACAAAUUUACACAACUGCUACGUAAAAUUUGUUACGCCGUAUCAGUCACUUGUAACAACGAUAAUAUCGCCACAAAUUUCAUAGAAAGGCUAAAUUGUAUGGUCAGAAACUCUUUAUAUAACGAUUUCAUAACCACAAUGUCACAUUUUGUCUCUAAUGCCAGCAAAUUUGAUAUUUGGAAGGAUAUUUCUGUGGAACUCAGAAUAUUGGCCAGGGAAAUCAAAUAUAACCAGCGUACUAGUAUUGUUGUUGGAGAUUUGCCCAAAUUACUCCAACAAUUAAAUUUGUCAGCCACCAACAGCAUCAUUUAUGAUAUUGACGACGCUGAACCUGUGUCAUUUAAGUUCCAAGAUGGUAUACUUACUCAAUGUAUCAGGAAUGGCGAAUGGAUAUUAUUGGAUGAAUUAAAUUUGGCACCCAGUCACUUAUUGCAGCGUCUAGUUGGAAUUAUUAAAUGCGACAACAUGUGCAAAUACUUUGACUUAUUUGAAAAUUCUGAAAGAAUACCCAUACAUCCAGAAUUCAAGCUUUUUGCAUGUUUAAACCCUUCAAAGGUUAUCAGUGGUGACAUUUUUGAGUAUUCUGGUAAGAAGGAUUUGGCGCCCAGUAUUAAACGAUUAUUUACUGAAAUAUAUCUGGAUGAACUCACAGAUUCAGAUGAUUUAUGCGCUAUAAUGACCACUUAUUUUCCUGAUAAGCAAAAAUAUCACGUAAACAUUAUAAAUUUUUACUUGCAAUUAUUGGAGAUGGCAAAAAAAUCACAAUUAAUUUGUGCAGACAUGAGAUCAUCCCCUGUUUAUUCGUUGCGAAAUUUGUCAAGGACUUUAACAUAUACAAAGAAUUUUUUGGAUAAAAACAAGUCAAGUAAUUUCUUAGAUGCGCUAAGAAAUGGAUUUUUAUCAUGUUUUGGCUCUUCACUAUCGCAGAAAUCAGAAUUUCUAAUUUGUCAAUUAUUUGACAAAUUAUUCAUUCACAAUCCAACAAAUCUUGUUGAAAAUAUGCUGAAUUUGACUAGCAGUGAAGAAUUUAUUGUUACUAAUACAGUAAAAACAAAUCUCAUAAAAAUAUCUCGGGUGCUAGAGGGUUUAACAGUUCCAAUAUUACUAGAGGGUCCCACAUCUGUUGGAAAAACCAAUCUCAUAAAGUAUCUAGCACAACAAUUUAAUCGAGAGUUUGUGCGAAUUAAUAAUCAUGAGAAUACUGACUUGCAAGAGUAUUUAGGGUCAUUUUCAUUCAAUCAGGUGGAUAAUCAAAUUGUGUUUAAUGAAGGAGUACUGGUUCAAGCUGCCAGAAAUGGGCAUUGGUUAUUGUUAGAUGAGUUGAAUCUAGCACCUAGUGAAGUAUUAGAGGCGCUAAAUCGUAUUUUGGAUGACAACAGGGAGAUAAUAAUUACAGAAACAAACACUACAAUAACUCCACAUCCGAAUUUUGUGAUUUUUGCAACACAAAACCCAGCAAAUUCCAUUUACGGUGGGAGAAAACAAUUUAGCCGUGCACUAAAAAAUAGGUUCAUUCACUUUAACAUAUCAGAACUUCCAUUUUGUGAGUGGGAGGAGAUCAUACACCAACGAUUCAAAUUACCAAAGUCGCGAGCAUCUGCAAUUGUAAAUAUAUACAAGGAUAUGUAUUAUUACGCACCCCCCGCAAUGGCAUUUUUGGGCUCAACAACACUCGUCACAACUAGAGAUAUCGUUAAAUGGUGCAAUAGAUCACCCGUGGAUGAUGUGGAUUUGGUAAAUAUUGGCUGGUUUUUGAUGGGUGAGAGACAGCGCACCCGUGACAGCAGAGAUGCAUUUUCUAAUAUAUUUAAUAAGCAUUUUCCACUGGUAAAAGUUUCUACGAAUUAUCUAUUAUCAGGAUUUAUUCAAAAUGUAACUGCUAUAUGCCCUGAAUAUAUUAUCAACGAGUCAUCAGCCAGACUAAUAACCCUGAUCCACAAUGGAUUAAGGGCGAAAGAGCCUAUAUUGCUUAUAGGUGAAACUGGUACAGGUAAAACUACUUGUUGUCAAGUUAUAGCCAAAGUACUUGGUUUGGAUAUCACGAUUGUCAAUUUACAUUUGCAUACCGAUGCGAGUGAUUUGAUUGGUUCCAUAAAACCCACAAAAAUAUCACUCAAAAGUUACAAAAGCAAAUUGCACAGACUAAUUUCACUACUUUAUGACUAUGGAAAGUAUUUUAUAGAUUCAGACCAAUUGUCAUUGGUAAUAUCUGAGCAAAUAAGGGAUUGUGUUGAAUAUCUUGGGAGCUUUAGUAAUGUGCCAUCGCUGGAUGAGUACAAUACAUUUAAGCAGGUGAUAAUGAACAUUAUUAGUUCUACUGUUGAUUACGUAAAGCCUGCAAAAAAACCAUGCAAAAACACAUGUUCAUACAUUAAGCAGUUGCUGAACGAAUUAUGUCCUUUGGAUAAAUUUGAAUGGAAAGAUGGGCCAGUAGUGGAGACAAUGAGGAAAGGUGGUAUUUUGGUACUGGAUGAAAUUUCUCUUGCAGAGGAUGCAGUAUUAGAAAAAUUAAAUCCAGUCCUUGAAGGCGGGGUUGUAUCACUUACAUUAACGGACAAGAACUCUAGUACAAUUGAAACUGUAGUUGCCCAUGAAAAAUUCUUUAUAAUUGCCACGAUGAACCCUGGAAAUGAUUUCGGUAAAAGGGAAUUGUCUCCAGCAUUGUCAAAUCGAUUUACUCAAAUUUGGGUGCCACAGCCAAAAAUAGAUAGUCCAGAAUUUAACCAAUUUCUAAACAACCUAAUCAAAACAGAUGUGAAGAAUAUUAAAGCUCAACGUCUGUCAGAUUUGUUACAGGAAAUUUUGAUUGGAUUGUAUAAGUUUGAAAUUAAGCCAUCAAUAAGGGAUAUCAAAUUGUUGAUUGAUUAUUUAACAUCAGCAACUAGUAAUGGAGUUACAAUUUCAAAUGCUUUGGUUGACGGAUUUAAAAUAUUAUUCAUUUAUCCUUUAUCUGAAUCUGUUAGUGUUACAGUGGAAGAUUUUAUAUUUGGCAUUUUGUCUGGUUAUUUUCCAGAACUUACACUGGAGAAUAAUCUAAGUUUAACUUCAAGUUUUGAUUUAGAUAAAUCACGAAUAUUAGUCAACAAAAUCCAAAUGGCAAUAUCCUUUUCAAGGUUUAUACUUCUUGAGGGCCCUGCUGGCGUUGGCAAAACUAGUGCUGUCUCUACACUUUCUAAAAUGCGUUCGAAGAGAUUGAUCAAAAUAAACAUUUCCCAGCAAACUGAAUUAAUGGACCUUGUGGGUACAUUUGUGCCCUCAAAUAGUGCUAGCAUGUCUUCCAAUUUUAGUUGGAAGGAUGGUCCUAUUGUUGAGGCUAUGAAAAAUGGAGAUUGGGUUUUGCUAGAUGAAAUUAAUUUAGCUUCACAACCAGUUUUGGAGGGUUUAAAUUCAUUAUUGGACCAUCGUCGUGAGAUUUAUUUAGCAGAAAUUGAUCAGAUAGUCAAUUGUCAUCCACAUUUUUUUUUAUUUGCCUCACAAAACUCCGCUUACGAUGGUGGAGGUAGGAAGUUUUUGCCCAAAUCAUUUUUGAAUCGUUUUACAGUUAUAAGAUGUAACACCCUAGAUCAUGCUACUUGUAAUUCAAUUAUAAGGAAGUUAUAUCCGACUUUAGACCCAAGUGUUAUAACUUUGGUUACCGAAAUAAUUUACGAAUUAGAUGUCAAAUUUGCUGGUUUGGGGUACUAUUUUAACCUAAGAGAUGCUAUAAGAUUGUGCAAUUGCUUAAAUAGUGACAGCCCGAAGAAAAUUGAUGUAUACAGUUGCUUAUUGUCGCGUUUUAAGCGUAAAAAUGAGUUUUUACAGGCAAGUGAAAUUGUGUAUAAAAAGAUUAGCAUAUUAUCAUUCCAAAACCCAGCUAAAUCUAUUAUCGAAACUGCCAACCUGCUUUGCAAUCAACAUCAUUUAUUGGAAUUGUUGUAUAAUUACGUCAGCUCACCUAUACCUGUGGUGAUUACUGGGCCUGACCAGUCUGGAAAAUCAACUGUUGUUAGAGAAUUGGCAAGGCUGGUAGGGACUAAACUGGUCGAAAUUCCAAUCUUCCCGGAUACCGACGCCUAUGAUUUACUAGGGUCAUUUGAGCAGAUUUCAAGCGCUAGAUAUUUGAGUAAGUUUCACCAACUGGUGUCAUUGCAGCGCAAUUUGUUACAGAAAGACUAUAUCAAGUUGCUACUCAGCGAUACACAAGAGCUGGCGACCCAAAGUGUAGAAAUUGACAAUAUUUUUGCGCGACAUACAUUACCGAAUGAGCUAGUAUCUGCAUGGGAGAAUGUGAAAUCACUAAGUAACGGCGUCAAUCCACAAUUUAGGUGGAUUGACGGAGUACUUGUUGACGCCAUUGCCAACGGCCAUUGGGUACUACUUAAACGAGUAGAUCUGGCCCAACCUGCGAUAAUUGAUAGAUUAAAUUCGUUAUUGGAAGUAGAUACGGCUUAUGGAGUUUCAGGUACUGAUGGUGAAAAUUUUAUUUUAUUUGAGUGCGGAUACUUUAGGGAAAUACCCAUAAAGCGCGCAAAUGCCGCCAAUGGCGGCAAGGGAUUUAAGGUUUUUAUGACAAAUUCUUAUCAGUCAAACCUGUCAAAACCUAUACUAAAUCGCUGCCUCCAAAUAAACAUCUUGCCCUUUGACAACAUCAGCACAAGUACAUUUGUCACUCCAUACAUGCAGUUUAUUAGCAAUAUUUUAAAAGUUCAAUUAUCAAAUCACUGUGAAAUCAACAUAAUUAAUUCGCUAAAGAUGUUAGUCAGACAAUUUACUUUGGAUUGUUUCAAAGAGUUGAUAAUUAUUUCAACAGUAUUCGCAGUUUUGAGUGAUGUUACAGAAUCAUUUGAUUUACCAAAGCUGCUAUUCUGGGCUAGAUUAUUUCACAUGCAUUGCUAUGAUCUAGGUGAAUAUAAUUCCCCAGCAAAUUCCCCGAAAUCCGCACUAAAAAAUUCAUUUGAUAUAGUGUUCACCAGCAAGUGUGAGUUUAAUUGGCUGCUGGAAAAACUUCAAUUGCUGGAAAUUGAAAUUGACAACUAUGAUUUGGUCAGAUACGUAAAAUAUUUACUUGAAGAGGGUAUGGACGUGAAUCAGCAUUCGUAUAUCAAGUAUUUGGUGGUGACAAAGGCCCCGCUUAACCGUCUGUAUUCAUCACUAAGUGUAAUGGCAGAUACUCUAGGUAUACAAUCCAUCGACUCACUGGGUAUAAGCUCACUAAAUACUAGUGAAUUGAUUGCAAAUUCCACAGCUGUGCCACAAGUGGAUCUCUUCUUCGCUCUUUAUGGUAUUUCAAUACCAAAAUCCCAUACGCCAGAUUCUAUGGCCCGCUUCGCACUACUAGAUAAACACUCAGAUAAUCUGUUGUUGGACGUAAAUUAUAAAGUGAAUGUAACAGCCAUUAAAGAUUUAAAUUGGAGUUUUUUAUACCACAUGCACCCAUCUCACCUAGUUCUAAGGCUAUUUACUUGCGGAAUGGACACACAGCUGAGUCACUAUAGGAAUUGCGAAAUAACAAUGGAAAUAUAUUCAAAAAUUUAUUCUUGUAUAGUCAAUAGACUAAACUUGCUAACCUACGAUGAAGCUGCCAUAUCUUCUGUGGUAAAACUGGAAAAUUCUGCAUUUGAAAUGGUGAAAAAGUUACACAUUGACAGAUCAAUUGCUCUUGAAUCACAGAUUAUAUCAAGAAAUGUGUUACUUUCAUGCGCAAGUAAAAGGUUACUAAUUGACAUUGGUCUCAAUUUAACCACCAACAACACUUUUCCAUUCAUCUUGGAAAUGGCUAAAAAAUUAUCUUCAAAUGUUGAUAUAGAUCUUUUGGCAUCAGUGGCGCUAGUUAAUGUCCUAAAAUCAACAGGUUCAAAUACUACCAAUAUAACUGGCAACGUCAAUAACAAAGUAGCAAAAUUUCCUAAAAUUGUAGGUUUGAGGGAAUUUUGCGAGGUUUUACAGCAAGAAACCAUAGAAAAUCAAGUUAACAGCAGUGUGGCUGUGAAAACUGAGUUGUACCUACUGCUUUUAAAAAAUGCGCUGAAAUUUGACACGGCCAAAGUAAAUGUAGAUGAAUUUAUUAUUUCAAACGACCAAACAUCAACAAAAGAUAUUUAUCAACUGAUAUAUAAUACGCCAUACGAGUACUUUGAGAGGAUUCAACUGCCUGAUCAAAUUAUUAAAGUCUUCAAAGAGUCCCUAGGAAUCCACUUCUCUAUCCUCGGUGACAAUCCAUGGAUAAAUUUUGGUUACAAUAUACUAUCAAAUGAAUUUAUGGAAUUAAUUGAAACUGAGACUUUGUAUGACAUGAAGAUAAGUGAUUUUCUUGCUGAGCUUAAGCUUUGGGAAAACAGAUCUAGAGAAUUCAUUUCUGCCCAAUCUGACUUGGCGAUAUUAUCUAACCCAUAUAAUGUAAAUGACCACCUAUAUGAUACUUCCAUCCUAUUGCAAUAUAAGUUUAAAUUGUAUAAAUUUGCAUGUUUGAAAAUUUUUCCACGGGAACUGGGUGAAUUUUUUCAAUUGAGUGAAUAUAACGCUAUGGACAAAUCAGGGCUUGAUAACCUAAUAACAGUUACCAAACAAUUCGUGGCAACAUUUUUCAAUGAAAAAGUCAUAUGCGAUAUAAUUUCAAAAUCACUACUAUCUGAUGCGGUUAAUAUAGCAAAUCACACAAUUGAAUUUCUGAGUGACCUUGAGUUGAGAAAUCCCUUUGCUAUAAAAUUUAUCAAGCCAAUACAAAUAGCAUUAUACAGCAUAGCAUAUGGAAUUUUAUCUCAGGUGUCACUUGGUACCAUUAAUAGUUAUAUUCUAAAUCCGUGUACGAUUGUUUAUCCUUUCAGCUUUAAUGUCACAAAAUCUUUGUUGGAUCUCAUUAGUAGCAAUUAUUGUAAUUAUACGGGACAAAUUUCCCAAAAUAAGUUGUUGCUUCUCAUAUUAAAGUGGAGCAUCAUUAAUAAUAAUUACGAUGAAAUUUUACCUAUCCUGAAAAAGAUUUCUGAUUCAAUCAUGGCAGUAGAACCAGCUGAAUAUAUCUACAAGGCUACCAACUUACAAAAGGCAAUUGAAUAUCAAGUACAAAACGAUAGCAUCGAUAGUAAUGCUUCCAUUGACGAGUUUUGCAGUUUGUUAUUUCCAUUACCCAUUGAAAUACGCUCUUUCCUUGGUAUUGACCAUAAAAUAUAUAACUGCACUGUAGAACCUUGUGAAACUGACAACUGGCAGAUUUGGGAGGCAGUUGGCUCGAGUAUGAAAACCAAAAUUUGUGAAUUAAUCAAAGAUACUUAUAAAUUAUCCACAGAAUAUAAGCUAGGCCUAUUUAAAGACUUUUCCCAGUGGAUAUGUCGACUGCUAAACUUAAUCCCUAACAAAACUCAACCUGGAAUAUUACUUUAUUAUCAAGCAUUAAAUCUUGUUCUAGAUACAGUCAAUUCAUGUAAACUUGAUGCCUAUCAAUCAGAUAUUUUUCUAGACAAUCUAAUAUCCCAGGUCAAAAAAAUGCUUUCAAUAAAGCCAACCUUGCUAACACUCAAUACAAUGGUAUCCCUGCUAGAAACCGUAAAAUCGUCUCUUGAACAAUGGAACAAAAGUUUGAGUGCACAAAUGACAGAUCCAAAACAAAGAACGGAUAACGUGCUUUAUUUUGACAUACCAGAAUUUGAAAGAAUUUCACUGAAGUUGCUUGCAGAGUUUAUAACAUCCUGGGAAUUUUUACCAAAUGAAAAGCUAGGCGAAAUGUCAAUCAAUGCCUACAAGGACAUACCCAUUUUACUACAACUAACAACACAAUUUGACGACUGCAUAGACAUUUCAUACAUAAUUGGAGAUAUAGAUAAGUUUCUAACCUGCCCCCUAUAUGAGUAUGAGAUGAGAUUGCAAAUCCUGCAACUCUUUGCCAAAAUCGCUCCAAACCCCCUAUCGAAGAUAUUUUCCAACACUUACAUAAUUCACUCAAACUCCCGUGUACCAGCUGAUUGUAACGAUUAUUUAAAGUCCGCCAAGAUCAAGUUGUUGCAGGUCAUUUCCGAGGGAACCAGGAAGAUUGAUAAGGCACAGAUCCACAAAUUGAAGCGAUCAGCCGCUAAAAUAAUGCACCAGUACAUUAAAGAUAUAAGCGCAAGUACAAAUAACCAGAAUUUUGAAAAUUUAAUCAUAUGCCCUGCUCUUGUAGACAUGGUCAAAUUAAAUAACUUUUCUUCUGGAAAUGUGGAGAUGUACGAAUACAUUGAUGAAUCCAUAAGCACAGGCAAUAAAGCUACACUUGAAAGGUGUCUAAAAGAUGUAAAACAAUUUUCAACCACUCUAAAUUUGACAAAAAGUAGAGGCUAUAACUACCAUGAAUCCCUCUGCAUUCUUGACACUGACUGGCAAAUUUACCACAUUCAUAGGGACUGCCAGAGGCAGCUUAUUCAACUGCAGCGACUGAUCCAUGGGCUUGAUGACUUGCUGCUACUACAAUUGAUAUGUCACUCGCAAAAGAGUGUAAUUUCAUCUUUUGAGCAGUCGCUCAACGAUUAUUUCGUGGGUAAAUAUCCAUGGGAUAAUUUUACCAGUCUAUAUCACGCAUUCACAUCGCUAUUGAGGGGAUUGGAGGUGUUGAACCAAAUAUAUAACAAAAUUUGGAAGCUAUUUAAUACAUUUAAUGAGUUUUAUAACUCUAUUAGCAAAUCCAUCGAGGUUGUGAUGGUAUCCAAUUGCAAUUGGUUGGACAAGACCCAAUGGGCGGUGAAUGACAUAUACCAGAAUUUGACCCAAUUAAUCGGUUUGGCGCAGAUAGAACUUGAAAGAAUUUACCUAAAUGUUGGCAAUAGAAAUAUCAAGCAAACAGUAAAAGUGCUGUUGCAGAUAGCUACAUCUGCCAUGAGUGACAUAAAAUCAGACAAAAACACCAUAAAUGAUGUUAUUAAAUCAGACAAAAACACCAUAAAUGAUGACGUAGGCGAGACAAUAUCAUCGGUGCUGCUAACGGUAAAAUACUACGAGAUGAUUAAAAAGAUAAUGCAAUUAAACGAACAGGCUAGGCUGAGAGAAAGUCAAAGUAAACAGGCAGACGAUAUGGAUGAGUGGAUCGCUGGAACUGGCCUAGCCAACGCUGAAACUGGAGAUGGCCAAACAAACAAUUUAGAACAACAAUUCGACGAAAAUUCUGUGGAUUAUGCCAAAGAUUCGAUUGAUAUGCAACAAAACGAUACGGAAUGCAAUGGAAAUGACAGAGGCGAGUUCAAUGACGGGGUUUCCGAUGAUGAACUGAAUUAUGACAGCCGUACAAAUGUCAGUCCAAAUGAUUUGGAAUUAUCAUCAGGAGAUGAAAAAUAUCACGAAGGAAUUCAAAUUGCUGAGAAAUUGGAUGCGCCUGCUGAUUCUAAUGAUGAUUCAGUGCAGGAAUUGGACAUUGGAUCGGCUACUCCAUCGGAUCAGUUCCCAACUAAAGAUGAUUUUGAAGAUGGAGAUACUGAUGCUGACGUUGUAAAUCCUCAAGAAUAUAUGGAGCACAGUGGAUGCAGUGAGGAUGAAAAGGAUUCUCAUAGUGAAAUAGAUGAUGGAUGCAGUGAGGAUGAAAAGGAUUCUCAUAGUGAAAUAGAUGAUGGAUGCAAUGAGUUUGAAAAGGAUACUCAUAGUGAAAUAGACAUGGGUGGGAACAGUUCGACAGAGGAAUUGGAGGAAUUUUGUCACCUAGACGAUAAAAAUGGCGAUCCGUGCGAUGAAAACAUUUGUGACGACAAAAGUAAAGAGAGGGAACUUUCUGAUAUGAACAUAACUCAAUCAGUGCCUGAUAAAGAUGGUUUGGACCUUACUAGCGAAGGCAUUAUCUCACACCUAGACGUCAAUUAUGAAAAAGGGAAUUCAUCUGCGAUUGGACAAACUAGCGUUGUAUUAGGUUAUGGAGAGUCAACGCCAGCCAAUGAUUACGAAGGCACAAACAUCUCUCAAUUGAACAUUAAAAAUAUGCAAGUAGACCAUUCCAUAGAUAACCCCGCACAAAAACUAAAUGAUGCCAGUGGCAUUGACAUGACAGAUAUCACAGAUGAUUGGAUUAACGCUGAAUACGGGGUAGAAUAUAAAAUAAAUUUCCCCCUAAAAAAACACGACAGCCUAUCGCAGCCAAACAUGCAAAUGAAUAGGUUUCAGGGAUUAUGUGUUACCAAUGGCUAUGAAGUCUGGAAACAAUUGCAGCAACAGACAAUUUCCACAUCUAUUGCAUUGGGGGAACAGUUAAAACGAAUUCUAGAACCAACAAUUAAGGGGCGAUUCCAGGGCUAUUAUAAGAGCGGUAAAAGAUUGUGCAUGCGUAAAGUGAUGUUAUUUAUCGCUUCUGGAUACAAAAAGGAUAAGAUCUGGAUGAGACGCACCAAAUUGACAAAAUUUGGGCACUAUAUCAUGUUAGCACUGGAUAAUAGCGCUAGUAUGCUCCAAGGAGGGGGGGGGCAAUUGCUGGUAAACGUGGCAUUAGAGUCUUUUGCCCUAAUAACUCAAGCACUAAACAGGAUUGAUAUUGACAACAUAUGCAUUUAUAGCUUUGGAAGCGGUGAGCCAAGGGAGUUACUACCAAUGAAUCAGAAGAUUUCUGGCGAUUUAGGAGGGAAACUGGUUGAAAACUUUACUUUUGACGAAAGCAGUGAUGAUUCGCAUCAAAAGGGGUUGGCAAAUAUGCUGCUAGAGGCGCAUCAAGUGUUUUCCAAAAUCAAUGAUAAUGCCAAAAAAAUCAUAUUCAUAAUCACAGAUGGAAAGUUUAACAAGAAGAUGGUAUCUCCUAUAGUGGAACGCCUAAUCAAAUCUGGGCUAAUCCCCGUCCUGCUAAUCAUCGACCGUGGACCCAAUGACCCAUUGUCGAUGGUUAAUAUGAAACAGGUUAUACAAGACGGCAAAAACAUCAAAAUAGAGUCGUUUUUCCACAACUUCCCCUUUCCGCUGUAUGCAAUAAUACAUAACGUCGACGCCCUGCCCAGUGUACUUUGUGACUUGAUAAGGCAUUGGUUCAACAAUUAA